UCCGACCAGAACAACCACGCUUGCAGCGCCGGCGGCAAACCUAGCGCCGCUCCUCCUCUCGACCUCGACGCAUCCGCCGUCCUCUUCCCGGCCUGCCGGCCAACCCGCACUGGAGACUGUUGCUGUCAUGGAGGGGAACAGCAACGGCAGCAAGAUCAAGGAAGGGGGAGAUGAUGGUCUGCAACAGGGUGUGGCCAUCAUGGUCAAGAAGCAGCAGGUCACCAUGGGGAUGGAGGUCCUGGACUGCCCACUCUGCUCCACCCCCCUCAGCCCUCCCAUCUUCCAGUGCUCAAUGGGGCAUUUCAUCUGCUCGCCCUGCCGCGACAAGCUCCCGGGGACCGAGAAGGCCUGCAGCGUGUGCUCCAAACCCGUCUCGGACCGGUGCCAUGGCAUGGAGCGCGUCAUCGCCUCCGUUGUCGUUCCGUGUUCCUACGCCGCGCGCAGAUGUGCCCACGUGAUGGCCUACCACGACAAGGCGGAGCACGAGGAGUGGUGCCCGCACGCGCCAUGCUUCUGCCCAGAGAAAGGCUGUGGCUUCGCCGGCACCAAGGCAGCACUCAUGGACCACUUCGCCGCCCAGCACAAGUGGCCUGUGAAAGCGUUCAAAUACUACGAGCCGUUCGAAGUGCCCGUGAAGGCCGGCAUGCACAUCCUCUGGUGCGGUGGGGAGGACAAAGAUAUCGGCCUCUUCCUGCUGAAUGUGACGUUCCCGGAGUCUCCCCUCCAUGGGGUCUCGCUGGUCCGCGUCCAUCCGCACCCGCCGGAGUCCAGGUUCGGAUGCUCAGUUGGCUUCUCGUGGUUCAAGGGCCAUUACCAGGUCUCAACGGCUGACACAAUCCAUACCACGUCACUUUCCGAUGGACUGCCAACGGGCUACUUGUGCUUCGUUCCCGAGGCUCAGCGUGAGGGCAGCCGGCGUGUGGUGCUCAGGGUGACCAUAGACAGUAAGAUGGUGUAUGGCGUGGAGGACGAGCUGGAGGAGGAGUGCGAUGACGACAAGAGCUACAUCUAUGGUGAGGAGGAUGACGAGGUCAGCGAGGAGGAUGGUGACGAUGACGGUGAGGAUCAGGUGGACGAGGGAUGCGUUGGUCUGAUCAGGCAUUGACUCGAUCUGUUGGAUGAGCAAGUUUUGGGGGAUUUUGGUUUGAUGGGCAGUGUGUUGUUGAGACUACGUUUUGGAAUAUCACUGAAUGUAGGCUCUGCUUGAUCUCAUGCUUCCAGCUGACUAUGUGGUGAUACAAUAUAACCAGCUUUCUGUUGAAGGUUAUCGAAUCUGGGCUCUGUACAUCAUCUUUAUUUACAAGAUCUUUUUGUACAUCAUCUGAUCUAUCAUUGCAAUAUCCAUCAGGUGACGUUGAUGAUCAUUUUUCAAUGACAUGUGAAAGAAACUUUGAAUGAGCACGGUGGCAUGCAUAUGAACUCAGGAAGCCGUGGAGUUGGCUCCGAAUGCCGAGAGCUUGCAGGUGCGCCAUGGAGAGGCACGAGGAGCCGCUGGACUGUGAUGUCCGGCGGAGGAUUAUGGAGCUGUGGCCGAGGAGCGGCAGCAGUACUCCAAGUCCAAGGGAAAGUGGCGUGGCGACGAAGGUCGGCGAGGAGCCAUGGAGGGAGGCGGGAGCACGCUCACGGCCCCGUGCCAUACAAGGGUUGGCAAUGGUGUUUUCUCAAUAGAGAUCCGUAGGAAAAUAUGUUUUCUUGUGUAGUGGUCUUGAGGCCAAACCUUGCCAUCAAGCCCGACAAGUUUGAGGAAUGAGGAUGAUGUACUUUACU